AUGGCUGAUAAGGGAAAGACUCAUCUGAACAUUGUUAUCAUUGGACAUGUGGAUUCUGGGAAGUCCACCACCACGGGUCAUCUCAUCUACAAGUGUGGUGGGUUUGAUCCCAGGUCCCUGGAGAAGCUGGAGGCAGCUGCUGGACAGAUUGGCAAGAGCUCAUUCAAGUUUGCGUGGAUCCUGGACAAGCUGAAGGUGGAGAGGGAGCGUGGAAUCACCAUUGACAUCUCGCUGUGGAAAUUCCAGACCAACCGAUAUACGAUCACCAUCAUUGACGCUCCCGGUCACAGGGACUUCAUUAAAAACAUGAUCACUGGCACAUCCCAGGCUGAUGUAGCUGUGCUGGUGGUCUCUGCUGCCACAGGAGAGUUUGAAGCUGGAGUGUCGAGGAAAGGGCAGACCAGAGAACAUGCCUUGCUGGCCUACACCAUGGGUGUUAAACAGCUCAUUGUCUGCGUGAACAAGAUGGACAUGACUGACCCACCGUACAGCCAGAAGAGGUUUGAUGAAGUGGUCAGGAACGUGACUGUUUACCUCAAGAAGAUUGGCUACAACCCAGCCACCAUUCCAUUCAUCCCUGUGUCUGGGUGGACUGGAGAGAACAUAUCUUCUCCCAGUCAGAAGAUGAGCUGGUUUAAAGGUUGGAAGGUGAAACGAAGAGAGGGCUUUUCCAAGGGCCAAUCUCUGCUUGAGGUCCUUGAUUGCCUUGUUCCCCCUGUGCGUCCAGCCAAUAAGCCACUUCGCUUACCUCUGCAGGAUGUCUAUAAAAUAGGAGGCAUUGGUACUGUCCCUGUGGGUAAAAUAGAGACUGGGAUCCUGAAGCCAGGGAUGACCAUCUCAUUUGCACCCUCACACUUCACUGCAGAAGUGAAAUCUAUAGAGAUGCACCAUCAGCCUCUGGACACGGCUUUCCCAGGGUACAACAUUGGGUUUAAUGUGAAGAACAUUGCUGUGAAGAGUCUGAAACGUGGAAAUGUUGCUGGUAACUCGAAGAGUGACCCACCUACCGAAGCCAGCAGCUUCACGGCACAGGUGAUCAUUCUCAACCAUCCUGGGUUUAUCAAAGCGGGCUACUCCCCAGUCAUUGACUGCCACACAGCCCACAUCACCUGCCAGUUCUCAGAGUUACAGGAGAAGAUUGACCGCAGAUCAGGCAAAAAACUGGAGGACAACCCAGCAACACUGAAGUCGGGAGAUGCUGCAAUUGUGAAAUUAAAGCCCAUCAAACCAUUCUGUGUGGAGAGAUUUUAUGACUAUCCACCACUAGGGAGAUUUGCAGCGCGGGACUUGAAGCAAACUGUUGCUGUGGGAGUUGUGAAAUCUGUGGAGAGGAAGGCAAGCAGCUUGGCCAGAAGACAGGGCCAGAAACCCAUCCAGGUCAACUGA